AUGGCAAAAACGUUGGCACAAGGAAGAAAGCCAGGCUCUGGACGGAAACCUGGUAAGGGGAAAACAUUGGCCCAGGGCAGGAAACCUGGGUCUGGCAGGAAACCGGGAAGUAAAGGUCACGUGACUAAGAAAGAUGCACUGACAGAUCUCAAUGCUGUUCUGCAAGCUCAAAUACAAAGUGAAGCGGGCCAAGCAGCCGUCGCGAUAGCUGCCGAAAGUUUGGGUGGGGGCAGCUUGUCCAGUUCCCACUCUAAUUCCAAGACAAGUAUGCAUUCCUAUGCUGAUUCGCCCGUGCAUCAGAUUCAGCGCCGCAAUCAGGUUAACAGAGGGCCUUUGCCUCUAUCCGUGAAUAGCGAUCCUUCGGCCACGGUUACGGCCGGGCUAACUUCUAAACCAGACAUGUAUUUGCAGCUGGGUAUCUCCGCCAACGCGCGGCCGACGCCUGCAAGCAUCUUUGAUGGCUCUGGUAGCUCAACAAAGACUCAUAUUGAAACCAACAAUGUCAACGGUAUUCACCACCCAAAUAUGUCACUGAAUCACACCUCCCGCAUUCCGGCAAUUGAAUUGUUCAACCGAACUCAAACGCCUCCUGUGUUACAACCGGCUACCAACGCGUUCAUUCCUGUGCAACCUUGGCCCUCCUCGCAGGCUCCUUCGUCGUUGUUACCUGCAUUUUCCCCUUUUGCACCUUCAAAUUUGGCGCAACAGUCGACGCGACCUAACACCUCGAGCUCGCAGCCCGUCAAAUAUCUUCCGGACCGUUUUAAUCUUUCGGGAGAUGCAGACUCUAUUGCAUCGUUUGCAACGCAUUCGAAUCUCGGUCGCGAAUGA